AUGUCGAUGCAACGAUGUCGACGCAACGAUGUCGACGCAACAAAGAGCCAACGAACGAAGCAUUGUCCAUCUGGCGAGGACCCGGGAACAUCGAGGGCGGUUGGAACGCAAUCGAACGGAAAGGGACGCAAAACGCACCAAGGAAACAACAAUCAAGUAGUCCUCAACGCUCACAAGCCGGACGAUGUGGCUCCGCGUGUACAGGCGAAGAAGGACCACGAGAAAGCUCAGAGCCGCGAAGAAGUUGCUCGUAAUCACGACAUGCUGGACAACUUGGGGGCCGAACAUGUUGCCUGGAUUGGGGGGGAUCGGUCUUUGCGUGCUGUUUGGCCCCGGAUCUGUGCAACGCUGCUGUUCGAGAUGUGA